AUGAUUAGAAUUAUAAUUGUAAUUUGUAUUUUCACUUCAUUUUCAUCAUCAUCAUCAUCAUCUGAUCUAACUUCAAGAAUUCAAUCGAAAUUUAUCCCAUCUUCAUUUGUUAAUAUUUUUGAAAAACAACCAUCUUCAUCAUUAACACCACAAGUUUUACAAAUUCCAAUACCUAUAAUUGAUACUACAACCGCCAAUAAACAACAUCAACAUAAUUUAAAUUAUUUAAAUGUCAAACCAAAUACAAAAGAAAUGCCACCUUCACCAAUGCAAUUUCCACCAAAAUUACCAUUUCCAAAGUGGUUGCAUGAUUUUACUGGAUUAAAUGAAUGGCCAGAUUUAGAACCACCUUAUAUUCCAUUAGAUUUUAUAAAUUUUGAUAAAAUUAUUGAUAUUCCAUUACAUCAACAAGCUCAAUGUACUGAUUCAAUAUUGCGUUCACCAAAAGCUUGUUCAUUUGAUUGUUUUAAUUGUGUUGAAGUUGAUGAUGUUUAUACAUGUCCUAAAUUAUCCCAAACUUUUGAUGAUGGACCAAGUCCUCAUACUUUAAAAUUAUUGGAUGUUUUUAAAGAUACUAAAACUACAUUAUUUACAUUAGGAGUUAAUAUAAUUAGAUUUCCUGAAGUUUAUAAAGAAAGUUAUCGACGUGGUCAUAUAAUGGGAUCACAUACAUGGAGUCAUAAAUUUUUACCAAGUUUAAGUAAUGAAAAAGUUAUAGCACAAAUUGAAUGGUCAAUUUGGGCAAUGAAUGCAACUUCGGGCCAUUUACCAAAAUGGUUUAGACCUCCAUAUGGUGGAAUUGAUAAUCGAAUUCGUUCAAUUUUACGUCAAUUUGGUAUGCAAGCUGUAUUGUGGGAUUUUGAUACUUUUGAUUGGAAAAUGUUGGAUAGUUCAACAACUAGAAAAGAAUCGGAAAUUUUACAAGAUUUGAAGAAUUUUCAAAAAUCUAAAAAUGGUAAAGGUUUAAUUUUAGAACAUGAUGCUAUUCAAAGAACUGUUGAUGUUGGUAUUGAAAUUUAUGAAAAAAUUUUGAAAAAUGAAGAACAAUUGACGGUUCCUUUAUGUAUUGGUGGUAUUGAUUAUAUUAAAACUUUUCCAAUGGAAGAUUCUUAUUCAUCUACUCAUGAUGGUGAUGAUGACAAUGUUGAAGAAGUUGUAGUUGUCAUUGAAGAGUAA